AUGGGAGAGACAGGAGAGCCGAAGAAGGAUGAACAUGAAAAGGAGGAGAAGCAUGCUGACAGGGAAGACAAAGAAGAGAAAGACAAGAAGAAGAAGAAGAAGAAGAAGAAAGACAAGGAAGGCAAAGAUAAGGAAGAUGGUGGGAAGGAGAAGAACCCUGAAGACAAGAAAGAUCCGGUAAAACUGCGGCAGAAGCUGGAAAAGCUCGACGCCAAGAUGCAGGCGCUGGUGGCGAAGAGGGAGGACAUUCUGAAACUGCUUAAUGAAGCCGAGAAGAAUGCCGCGAGUGGAGGAGCUGCUACCUCUUAA